AUGUCGAAGUUUUGCGCUGCGCUACUGCUGGCGGCCAUAGUUGCCGCCUCGGGGGAGAUCCGCUCAGCCGCCGACGUUCCAGAUCGGCGCAUUAACAAUGGACAAAUCGCCAGCCCAACCGACGUGCCGUGGGCUGUUGGACUGCUGAUCUCGCUGACGUCCGGUACGAACUUCUGCGGAGGCGCCCUGAUUUCGCCGACGCAUGUCCUAACGGCCGCCUCCUGCGUCAAUGGUCAGUCUUCCAUCACGGCAAUGUUGGGUGCGAGCACCAUCGCUAGUACGUCCGACUUUGUGCCGGUUUCACACAUUCGCGUCCAUCCGGACUACAGUUCGUUCUUGGAGAGGGACGAUAUCGCAAUCCUUACGUUGGCCCGGCAGCCUCGAUGGAACGAUCAAAUUCAAAUCAUCAACCCUCCGCGCCGUAUGUACAUUGGACAUUCGUUCAACAACUACAUCACAACCAUCUCGGGUUGGGGUGAAACCGGAACCAACACCGGAGAGCCACUACCGAUGCCAAACCUGCGCUUCAUCCGUAGCCCCGUCAUCACCAACCUCAGCUGUGGUCUAUCCUUCCCACUUACCAACAUCCGUAGUACACACAUCUGCACCACCACGGACGGUGGUGCACCCUGUAUCGGCGACCAAGGUGCCCCGGUGACGGUCACAGAGAACGGAGAGACGUUCCUGAUCGGUAUCCACGUGUUCACGGCGUCCCGAUGUGAGCGUGGUCGCCCCGCAGUCCACGUCCGUCUGACCGAGUACAUGAACUGGAUCGAGCUGAACACGGACGCCCUCAUUCGUCAGUAUCACACGGUCCAGAGUACAAUCAUCAUGGAGAAACGAUCGGCCCAGUUUGGAUUCCUGGCCGUGGUGAUCCUCUGCACGUUGGUUGUACUUUCGACAGCCAACCCGCUGAUCGGAGACGAUGGACCUCAGAGGCGCAUCAACAAUGGCGUCGAAGCGGGUCCUACCGAUAUUCCGUUUGCGGUCGGAGUUCUUGUGACAUUUCCAUCGCGGACGUACUUUUGCGGUGGCACGUUGAUAUCCCUCAGGCAUAUUCUAUCGUCUGCCUCUUGUGUCGAUGGCUAUCGCACCAUCACGGCCAUGCUUGGCGCCUACGACAUGACCAUGGUGCAGGACUUCAUUACGAUUUCGUCCGUUCUGGUACAUCCGAGCUACAGCAGCUUCUUCGAUUCGAACGACCUCUCCAUCCUGACACUCUCCCGUCCGGUCGGACUGUCCCCACGGGUGCAGAUCGCUCAACUACCGAGCCGCCUAUACGUGGGCCACUCGUUCAACAACUACCUAGCAACCAUUGCGGGCUGGGGUCAAACGGGAUCGAGCACCGGUGAACCCGUGCCCGUGCGACGUCUGCUGUUCUUCCGCGGUCGGGUCAUUACCAACACGAGCUGCCUGGUAAGCUUUCCACUGUACCUGCGGUCGACGAACAUUUGCACCUCGACGGAUGACGGAGCAGCCUGCGUCGGAGACGAAGGUGGACCGGUCACGGUUACCGAAAACGGGCAGACGAUACUCAUCGGCGUCCAUUCGUACAGUUUUUCGUGGGGCUGCGAGCGCGGUUGGCCAUCGGUGCAUACGCGCGUGACCGACUAUCUGGACUGGAUUGAGGCGAAUUCAGAUGCCAUUGUUCCGUAA